GUAUUGCGGCCACACUUCACACUCGGUCCAAAGGGCGAUUUAACAAACAAUUGGCAGCUAUGUGGAGAUAUACGAUCCUGAACAGCAGCAAAUUGGCAGGAAAUGCCACAUUCUGCAGGCGAGUAGCGACGCACAGUCCCAAACUGGGGGCGGAGACCAACAAAAACAAGGAGAAAGCGAGUGAGAAUGAGUCCUUCAUGGCCAACAUAUUCCGUGGGUCGCUGGUCUCGAGCCAGGUGUUCCCCUAUCCGGAUGUCCUGACCGCGGAUCAGAAGGAGUUGACCAACAGCCUGAUCGACCCCUUCGAACGCUUCUUCUCCGACGUCAAUGACGCCGCGCGGAACGAUGCCAAUGCCAAAAUAGAUGACACCACGGCGACGGCUCUGUGGGAACUGGGCGCCUUCGGCAUCCAGGUGCCCUCCGACUUCGGAGGCCUCGGCCUGAACAACACCCAGUACGGCCGUCUGUGCGCCAUUGUGGGCGCCAAUGAUUUGGGACUGGGCAUCACGAUUGGCGCCCACCAGAGCAUCGGUUUCAAGGGAAUCCUCCUGUACGGCACGCCGGAGCAGAAGGAGAAGUAUCUGCCCAAGGUGGCCGCCGAGCAGGUCUACGCCGCCUUCGCCCUGACGGAGCCAAGUUCCGGAUCAGAUGCCGGAUCCAUUCGCUGCCGCGCCGUCAAGAGUGCCGAUCAGAAGCACUACGUGCUGAAUGGCUCUAAAAUCUGGAUCUCCAAUGGAGGAAUCGCCGAAAUCAUGACCGUGUUCGCCCAGACCGAGCAAGUGGACCCAAAGACGGGCGAGAAGAAGGACAAGGUGACGGCCUUCAUUGUGGAACGUUCCUUCGGAGGCGUUACCAACGGUCCGCCGGAGAAAAAAAUGGGCAUCAAGGCGUCGAACACGGCCGAAGUUUACUUCGAGGAUGUUAAGAUUCCCGUGGAGAAUGUGCUCGGCAAGGAGGGCGACGGCUUUAAGGUGGCCAUGAACAUAUUGAACAACGGUCGCUUCGGAAUGGGAGCCACGCUGUCGGGCACCAUGAAGAAGUGCAUCGAGUUGGCCACCGAACAUGCCAACAAUCGAGUGCAGUUCGGCCAGAAGCUGAAGAACUACGGCUCCAUUCAGGAGAAACUGGCCCAGAUGAACAUUCUGCAGUAUGCCACCGAAUCGAUGGCGUUCACCAUCUCACAGAACAUGGACGCGGGCAGCAAGGACUACCAUUUGGAGGCCGCCAUCUCGAAGAUCUACGCCUCGGAGUGCGCCUGGUAUGUGUGCGACGAGGCCAUUCAGAUUCUCGGCGGCAUGGGUUACAUGGUGGACACUGGCCUGGAGCGAGUGCUGCGCGACCUGCGCAUCUUCCGCAUCUUUGAGGGCACCAACGACAUUCUCAGGCUGUUCAUCGCCCUCACCGGCAUCCAAUAUGCGGGCUCCCAUUUGAAGGAACUGCAGCGUGCAUUUAAGAAUCCCUCCGCCAACCUGGGACUGAUAUUCAAGGAGGCCUCCAAGCGCGCCGCCUCGACUGUCGGCCUCGGCGGCACCGAUCUGAGUGUCCACGUGGUGGAUGAACUACUGCCCUAUGCCAAGAAAACGGCCCAUUGCAUCGAUCUCUUUGGUCAGUCGGUGGAGGAGCUAUUGCUGCGAUACAACAAGAACAUAAUCAACGAACAGAUCUUGCUAACACGACUGGCAAACGCGGCCAUUGAUAUAUACUCAAUGGUUGUGACGCAAUCGCGAUCAUCUCGCGCUGUCAAGCUGAAUCUUCCAACUGCCCAGCACGAGCUCAACAUGACGAAGGCACUGACCAUUCAGGCCUCUGAUCGAGUGAUUAAGAACCUGCAGGCGGCCACCUCCAGGCAUCACAGAGCUCUGAAUGAGAAGAUUUCGACAAUCGCUCAAACUACUCUGGAAAACGGCGGAGUAAAUACGACUGGAAUCCUAGAUCAAAAUUAGAGAAAUACACUUUUAUACGAAUUUAAAUCCUUUGAUUGUUCCCUUAAAUGCGAUUGCAAAUAAAGUCUUGUAAAUAAUGAAAUACUAAGAAAUAAAGUUCAAAUCACUCAGUUA